AUAACUUGGAUCUCUUCGUCAGAUCUUCAAGUUUCAAGUUUCAGCUAUGAAGGGAAUGGAUCUGUUCUGUUCAUCACCUGCUUCCACAGCAGUGAUCUCCAGUAUGGAUAAACGGUUUCAGGUUCGCCGAAGCCCCAAAUCAUACGUUCAUGAUCGAAGGAAAAGCCAACCACGUCUUCCUUGUUCAUCACACUUCCCCAUUAAUCCUAAGCCUUACCGCGACAUGCUACCCAGAAAGAAGACUACUUCUUCGGAUAAGCAAAACGACGAUGUUCGUAGAAAAAGCUGCGUUGAAGUUAGCGACCUGUAUGAUAGCCAACCUACUUCCUCCUCCCGAAGAUAUUUACUCAGAGACGACGUCCCUUUCAUUGAUUGGGUGUCACAGUCUGGCCAAAUGCCAGAAAUACCCAAGAACAAAGAUAAUUCUUCUCCUGCUCCAAGUUCCAAGGACCAGGUUGUGGUCUUGAGGGUGUCACUGCACUGCAAGGGCUGUGAAGGAAAAGUGAGAAAACAUAUCUCAAAAAUGAAAGGAGUAACAUCGUACAGCAUAGAUUUGGAGACAAAGAAAGUGACGAUCAUCGGAGACGUGACACCGUUAGGUGUACUGGCGAGUGUGUCAAAGGUGAAGAAAGCGCAGCUUUGGCCAUCUUCAUCGUCUACGCCAUCGUUUCUAUGGUCAACAAUAUGAAUUAAUUAGAUACCGUAUUUUCGUUAAUUUACUGCUUUCUAUUGUUUGUUUGAUGAGUCUUGGGUCGUUUGCUUGUUUCAUGUUUGUCUUUGUAAUUAUAGGAAGUCUCUAAUUUAGAUGCGUGGUAAUGAAGCCUUUUUUACUGUUUUUGUGUGACAGAACUUGAUUUCACAUUAAUUAAAUCCAUU